GGCCGCUGCGGGAGUCAGGUACAGCGCUCGCCCGCCGGGGUCCCCACUUCUCCCUUCCCAGCACGGGGAGGGCUGGGGCUGCAGAAUUGCACCAUCACCAAUGGACCUGGUUGGUUUUGGUUAUGCGGCCCUUGUGACAUUUGGAAGCAUUUUGGGAUACAAGCGGAGAGGUGGUGUUCCGUCUUUGAUUGCUGGUCUCUUUUUUGGAUUUUUGGCUGGCUAUGGAGCUUACCGUGUAUCCAAUGACAAACGAGAUGUGAAACUGUCGUUGUUUACAGCCUUCUUCCUGGCCACCAUAAUGGGUGUGCGAUUUAAGAGGUCCAAGAAAAUAAUGCCUGCUGGGCUGGUUGCAGGCUUAAGCUUCAUGAUGGUCCUGAGACUUGUUUUACUGCUGCUGUGAUCAUCCAGAUAACUGAAAACUAAAUUUGUCGUUUUACUGUAAUUGGCAGGGUGCAUUCUUUGUACUUAAGAGAUUAAAUUUAGAGUGUUAAAUGUCUCAUUUUAUGUUUGAAACAAAAGUAACACUGUCACCUCUAACAUGAACACUAGCUUGAGGUGGUUUUUUGUUUGUUUUUUUAGAGCAAAAAUCUUUUAAUUGUUUCUAAUUGUCAAGCCUUCUUUCCAUUAAAGGUGUUUAGUGAAUCAUGAUACACUGUUUCAUUUGCUGGGACUAUUUUUAUGUGUGUGGUAUUUUGGGGGGACAGUUCCAAAUACUCAUGACUCAAGCAAGUUUAAACUAAACUAUAACUUACCAGAUAGGUAAUUCCUUAAGUGGACUUCAGCUAUUGGUCACCUGGAUUGUAUUAGAAAUUUUAUUUGUAUUGCUAUUAGUAUUAUUUUUUUUCUUCAAAAGAAUUUCAUUCUAAGAACCCUCUGU